AUUUAAGUUAUAUCUUUGAAAACAUCUGGCUAACCAAAUUUAUUGCGAAAAUGGGAAAUUUGUCCACAUGGAUUUUUCUAAAGCAUUUUCCUUGGCUUACGCUAGCACUCUUUAAGAAUUUUGAGCUAUUCUUUCACAAGCUACCCAUUGGAUUGGAGGCCAUGAUUUAGGUCUCAAUUCGACCAGUGUGUCAAAAUUCGUGCCAUGCCAUUCUUUGUUAGCUCGUUUUUACUUGGGUUCAUAGCAUAGUUAAGCUAUUGUUUUCUGCAGCCUUGGUAAGAAUCUCAUCUGGGUUUCUCUGGAAUUCAAAUUAAUUCUGCUCUAUUUUGGUUCUGCUCUGUCCUUCCAGCAUUCUGUUUGUGUGGGAUUUAUGGUCUCUGAUUUUGUUAUGACCUUCUCUGAUUUGGAAAAGAUCUAGAGUCUGAUUUGGGGUUCAUGACCGUGAAAAAAGGUUUGUCCCUUGAUUAGCAAAUAGCAAUUUUGUAGUGGUGGCUUCAUGAUUCCCUCCGUUGCUUUGAUUUUUCAGAAUUAUUGAUUUAUCGAUGCUACACUGCUAUGGCCAUAUGAUGGUUGUC